AUGUCCAGUCAACUCCAUGUAGCUCGCUCGAGAGCAGUCCGCUCGCUUCCCCAGCGAAGAUGUUACGCUACACCUCCUCCUCCCCCUCCUCCAGGAUCCGGUCUUCCUCCCAACCCCCCUCCGUCACUCAAAACCGUACCUAUCAAACCAGUUACUGUCCCACCUACCACCCCAACUCCAGGAUCUUCCACUCUCGCUUCUGCCCAACCACUAUCCACUCCACCACCUAGAAAACCUCGUCACUUCUUUAGGAGAUUCAUCAUCUACACUUCCCUCGGAGCGAUCACGUUCUAUGGUCUUUCCGGUGUGGCUUCGACGCAUUCAGAGGGAUAUAGGGAUUUCUUCGUAUCGAACUUGCCAGGUGGUGAGGUCGUAGCUGAUUUCGCGGAUGAUAACGGAUGGCAAUCACUUGGUUUUGGUACGAUAACUAAGAAAGCCGUUCAAUCGUACAACACCGCUACUGGUAAACUCGAAGAGACCACCACCCAGAAAAUCGAAAGAAAGGCUGGAGAGGCUAAGAAGGAAGUUGUCAGUGCUGGUGAAAAGGUCAAGGCUAAGACUGUAGAAGCUAAAGAUACCUUGGUCGGCAAAGAGACUACUACACAAAAGAUCCAACAUAAAGCUCAAGAUCUGAAAGACAAAGCUAUAACUGCUACGCACAAUGCUGAAGAUAGGUUGAAACACCUUGCCCAUGAUGCUAAAGAGAAGGUCGAUCAAGUUACGAAAGAUGUUCCGUUCAAUUUCUCCGAUGGGGUAGAAGGGAUUGUAAGAGAGGCUGAAAAAGCUUUAGGAUCAGCUGAGACCAAAGGUCAGAAAGCCCUACACCAAGCUGAAGAUGCCUUGAAGAGAGGUGAAAAGAAGGUGGAGAGCGCUGCUCACGAUGCCAAGGAAGCUAUCAAACCUCAUGCUACGGAGUAUGAAAAAUCCGUUUCACCCUAUCAACAGCGAACGAGAGAAUUGAACCCUACUGGUGUCACACCGCAGAAACCUUCUUAUGAAGGUAAGAAAGUUUACAACGGACCUGAAUUACCAUUAGGAUUCGAACCUCCUCCAGGAUACUAUAUCCCUCCUCCGACUGUUAAACCCGUGUUGACAGAAGAAGAGAAAGUCAAAGAGACCCUCCCCCUGCUUGGACCUAAAGUGAAAGAGUUUGCUUCUGAAGAACCUAUAAUAGAACAACUUGCUUCGACCAUCGAUUCACUCACUACUUCCCUUUCGACCGCUUCGGGUACUGGACCAGGAACUGCCCCACCUUCCAACGAAGCUACCAGUAUUCUCUCCAAGGCUCAGGACGACCUAACUGCGCUGAACAAGAGAUUACACGAUGUGAAAUUGGCCGAAAAGAAGAAACUGGAACAAACGGUCAACGAGAAGACGAAGGAGUUUGAAGCGCUUUUGAAAGGAAAGGAAGCGGAUUGGACGAAAUCUGAACAAGGGUUAAAGGAGUCAUGGGCGAAAGAGAGAGAAGGUUUGGUGGCGAAAUGGAGAGGUGAAUUGGAGAAUGAGUUGGAAUCGCAGAGACAGGGUAUCGAGCAGAGACUCCGAGACGAAGUUGUUUCUCAAGGUAUCGAACUCCAACGAAGAUGGUUACGAUCCAUCAAGAGUCAAGUAGAGACUGAACGAGGAGGUAGAUUGGCAAAACUUGAUACCCUCACCACAUCGUUGAAACAACUCGAGCGAGUCACCUUGGAUAACUCAGCGCAAUUAGAUGACAAUGUUAGACUACACAAGAUCUGGUCUGCUCUCCGAGCUGUACAGAACAAAGUUGAUUCAGGAGACGUAUCAUUUGAUGAGGAAUUAAGAGCAUUAAAAUCUCUCUCUUCGUCAGAUAAAGAUGAGAGUGUCAUUCUGACUACUUUGGGACAAUUGGAGAAAUCUGGCAUACCAACUACCGGCGUGAAAUCUUUCGCAGCCUUAUCAUCGUGGUUUACCCAAUCUAUCGCACCUAAAGUGCAUUCGUCUUCAUUGGUACCUCCCCCUGAAGAAGCUGGAGUGGUUUCUCACCUUGCUUCAAUAGGAUUAUCGAAAUUGCUCUUCCGACCUUCACCCGGUCCAGUCGAUGGACAGAAUGUUGGUGCUGUCUUGGCUAGAGCGGAGUGGUGUUUGGCCGAAAAAGAUUUGGACGGUGCGGCGAGAGAGGUCAACACGUUGAAAGGAUGGCCGGCCAAGUUGGCGGGUGAUUGGUUGAAUGAAGCUAGAAGGAAAUUGGAAGUGCAACAGGCUUUAGAGGUCGUUGCUACUGAAGCUACAUUGAGUUCGUUAUUGUUAGUGUAG